UUUCAAAAAAGUUGUGAUGUAUUUCAUAAUGUUGGCAGUUGCCGCGCAGGGUUGAAUAAAUUCCGCUCUGGCGUGCCUUACACCGUAGACCGUUAUCCGAUAUAGUUAAUAGUCUAAUCUUGUCGUGACCUUGCCGUAAAUAUUUCGAAGGACACCAGUAGCCCCGAGUGGGAGGAGUGGGACUUGACAGACAGCGAUCUGGAGUCUCUGCAGCGUACGGCCGAUGAGUAUUUUAACGAUCAACCCGGCUGCUCUUUCUGGAGUUCCCCCGAUCCUGACGAAAAUCAGUUGCGUGAGAUUGAACGCAUUGAAAACGAAGCUAACCAACCGAUUCAUGCCGCAGUUGGACGGUUCUUAUCCAUGACCCCGCCUCACCAGCAACGAGGACACGCAAUGUCUUCACCCAGCCCUUCGACCGUGUUCGUCCCCGAUACCCCUCCACAUUUGCAGGGAGAGGGAGACCAAGGAGCGAGGGUCGCAUAUCCCACCGGCGACUCGGACAUUCCCAUCAUACCUGAAACCCCUCCUCAACUGCAAGGAAAGAAAAGCCGUUUUCUGUCAAAAACAACGACAUCUCCAAGCCCGGAGUUCGUCAGAUGUUUAGAAGAAAUGGAAGAUCAACAAGACAUCAAACAGGAUCCAUCGCAGGUUGGUGGAGGUCAGGCAGACCCCGUCAGCGGGAAAGAUCAAUCCUCGAAUUGUACGGUGUGUGACAAGUUCUUCGCCCGGAGAGACAUCCUGGAGAGGCACGUCGCUACCAAGCACAAGACCAGUCUAUAUUCGUGCGCAACCUGUGGGAAAACGUUCAGCCGGAUGGAUUCCUUGAGACGGCACUCAAGAUUACAUCGAAAUGUUGCCAGACCCGACGAACUUGUUGCUCAGCCCACUGAAGGUACAUCGGUCGCCCCUCCGCAACCGCUAAAACCAACUCCACGUGAUGAUUCAGCCAAGAUAAAAUGCCCCAAAUGCUACAAAACUUUCACGAGAAAGGACAACAUGAAACGCCACCUAAAAGCCCGUCACCAACAACAGCUUGAUCCCUCUCAUCAGCAACGACCCGGUCCGUCUCACCAUGAACAACCCGGCCCCUCCAACGGACAACGAGCCGGCCCUUCCAACGGACCACGAGCAGGCCCGUCUGAUCACCAUGAACAACCCGGCCCCUCCACUGGACAACGAGCCGGCCCCUCCAAUGGACAACGACCCGGUCCGUCUCACCACGAACAGCCCGGCCCGUCUCAUCAACAACAGCCCGGCCCAGUACCACCAUUGAGUGACGAUCCACUGCAUUUCCCAGAGGGAUAUGCUGUCGAGGCAGACGAUAACAACGUACAGCUACUGUACAGGAGGAUGUGGGGAAACAUCAGAACUCUACACCUUCGGAAUCGUGCCGUGCAAGACGUUUACAACUUUAGGAUGGGAAGCCUGACGUCCGAAGAAGCACGCCCAUCCCUUCCCGGUGUCCCCUUGGAUCAUGCCCUUCGUGCCAUCUUUCGAAGUUUAACCUAUCGCGCCAAGGUAAACAUUUCCUUUGGACUUGUGUUGAGUAAUGUAGAGACGGGCGAAUAUCGGUAUUUCCACCCUAGUCACAACAACGCCAGAUUCUUUGAUUCCCCCGCCUCCAUCAUGUCAGAGGCAGACAUUGAACACUUUAUAGAAAAGGUCAAAGAGGCCGAUAUUUAUGAAUGUGGCCGUUUACAAAGACCUGACACAAAAUGGAUAGUGGCUGCAGUGACGAACAUGACUGUCUUCGUCAACAAGCAACCGGGAAUGUACAUCGGCACUCCUCCUCAGCGGCUUCCUCCGUACAUCGCCAACAACCAGGGUGUGUUGGGUGACUUGGGUCUUAUCAAAAAUCGACACACCGGUGGAGCUUACAGCGACAACUACUGCUUUUUCCGCUGUCUGGCCCCAUCGCGGCGCCAGUGA